UUCAUGUGAAACUUUAUACUUGAUUUCUAAGCAUAUAGCAUGUAAAUUUUUAUUUUUAUAUAGCUAAUCAAAAGUUUUUACACUUUUCACUCCUCACGUGGUAAGGUUAUAAUCUCUAUGAGUUUGUUUGCAUAGAAACCAGAUAAAAGAUUAUUAAGAUGUCAGUCCCAACAACAAAAGUUCACGAAGUUAGAGAAAUUACAAGGAUUGAGCGUAUUGGAGCACAUUCUCAUAUUCGUGGUCUUGGAUUAGAUGAUAGUCUUGAAGCUCGGAAUGUCUCCCAAGGGAUGGUUGGUCAAUGUCAAGCUAGGCGAGCAACUGGUGUGAUUUUAGAAAUGAUCAAAGAAGGUAAAAUAGCAGGUCGUGCUAUAUUAUUAGCAGGUCAACCAGGAACCGGUAAGACUGCUAUAGCACUUGGAUUAGCUCAAUCUUUAGGAUCAGAUACACCUUUUACCCUUAUGGCUGGUUCUGAAAUUUUCUCCUUGGAGAUGAGUAAAACAGAAGCUUUAACGCAAGCUAUAAGGAAGUCCAUAGGUAUUAGAAUCAAGGAGGAAAGUGAAAUUAUAGAGGGUGAAGUUGUAGAAAUCCAAAUAGAUAGGCCAGUUGCUGGAGUUGGUGCAAAAGUUGGAAAAUUGACACUGAAGACUACUGAAAUGGAAACAAUAUAUGACUUGGGCAACAAAAUGAUUGAUUGUCUUAUGAAAGAGAAAGUCCAAGCUGGCGAUGUCAUUACAAUAGACAAAGCUACAGGCAAAAUUAGCAAGCUUGGACGAUCAUUCACAAGGGCAAGAGACUAUGAUGCUACUGGACCACAAACACGAUUUGUUCAGUGUCCUGAAGGAGAACUGCAAAAGAGAAAGGAAGUUGUCCAUACUGUAACAAUGCAUGAAAUUGAUGUUAUAAACAGCAGGACACAUGGUUUUCUAGCUUUGUUUUCUGGAGACACAGGAGAAAUCAAACCUGAAGUGAGAGAGCAAAUUAAUCAGAAAGUUGCUGAAUGGAGAGAGGAAGGCAAAGCUGAAAUUGUACCUGGAGUGUUAUUUAUUGAUGAAGUACAUAUGCUAGACAUUGAAUGUUUUUCAUUUCUGAAUCGAGCUUUGGAAAAUGAAAUGGCGCCUGUUGUAAUCAUGGCAACAAAUCGUGGUAUUACAACAAUUAGAGGCACUAAUUACAAGAGUCCACAUGGAAUUCCAAUUGACUUGCUGGAUCGUAUGAUCAUUGUUCCAACUAUUCCAUAUGAAGAGGAAGAACUUAAGGAAAUUUUAAAGAUUAGAUGUGAAGAAGAGGAUUGUGAGAUUUCUAACGAUGCAUUGACGAUACUCAAACGCAUUGCCAAAGAAACUUCUUUGAGAUACGCCAUUCAAUUGAUUACCACGUCUUCACUCGUUUGUCGUAAAAAUAAGAAUACCGAAGUGACUGUCGAUGACGUUAAGAGAGUAUAUAGUUUGUUUAUGGAUGAAAAUCGAUCUUCCCAAUUCCUCAAAGAAUACCAAGAUGUUUUCAUGUUUUAUGAAGAAGAGAACCAAGAGAAACAACCAGAACAAGUGCAGCCACAACAACAGCAACCUAUGGAACUUUCAUAAUUGAACCUCAUUGUAUAAAUUCAAUUCAUCUCCAUUGAUACAACAACAAAUAACUUUAAACAUAACUUUUAAUAGAACUUAAGAGUGUAAUUUAAGAGUAAAAUAAAUUUUCAUUUUUUAAAUUGAA